AUGAAGAGAGGAAUUCUUGAAGUACUUGUUGUCAAUGCAAAAGGAAUUAUACACACAAAUUUUGUUGGAACACCUUCUUACUAUGUGAUUAUUGAGUGUGGCACUCAGACUCGAAUAACAAAAGUUUCAUCAGGAAAACAUGAGAAACCUCGGUGGAAUGAGAAAUUCAUAUUUGAUUUGUCGGAGUCUGAUUGCAAGAAUUCAACGUAUCUUAAAUGUAGAAUCAUGGACACAGAACUCUUCAGAAAUGGUGGAUUUGUUGGUGAAGCCAAAAUUUUCAUAGGUGGAAUAAUAUUGGAAGGAAGUGAUCAGGGAUACAUAGAAAUACAACCAGCUCCAUAUAAUGUGGUUCUUCAAGAUCACACUUACAAAGGACAAAUAAAAAUUGGAUUUAAAUUCAUUGCUGAUAAUAAUGAAGAGUACUUGAUGGAGAAACCAGAUGAAUUCAAGGGUUAUGAGAAGAAGGAAUCACCCAAUUCAAUUUUUGGAUGGAUUUGGAGAAUAUCACUGUGGAAAAUCUUGUUUUUCUAUCAGCACAAAACUUCCAAAAGUCAUCAGGAUUAUCAUUGA